GGGCCUCCCAGCAUUCCAAGGGAAUUCUUGCAGGUGAGGGGCAUGCAAACAAUCCCACACUCCGAUGACUUGCUGCAGCUUACCGUUAAAGAACUUCAAAUGCAAUAUGCGCCGAGGGGCAGUCAGGAGUGUCCCGUGCUGAGCUAACCUUCCCUCAACGGACGUGCCGCAACUGAAAGGGUGUGACCACCGCAGCAGACAGAGUGGGAGCGAAGCAUCCCCUUCUCUUUGGAAAGCUGCGGGUGGGUUUUGGUGUUUGUUCCAGCAGCAUGUUGCAGACGCUCAGUGACUGGCUGUGGUGGGAGCGUCUGUGGCUGCCGGCAAACGUCUCCUGGUCUGAUCUGGAGGACGGUGAAGGUCGUGUCUACGCUAAACCCUCUCAGCUCUACGCGGCCCUGCCCUGCGCCGUUUCCCUGCUUCUUGUCCGAUACGUGUUUGAAAGGUAUGUGGCCACACCCCUGGCUAAUGUUUGGGGAAUCAGGGACAGGAUACGUCUGACGGCAGAACCAAACCCCGUCCUGGAAAACUACUUCUGCGGUCAAGCACGGGUUCCGUCGCAGGCGAAUGUGAGGUCCCUGUGUAAAAAGACGAGUUGGCCGGAGGCAAGAAUCCAAGUGUGGUUCAGGAGGCGGAGGAACCAGGAGCGAUCUGGGCUUCGGAAGAGAUUCUGUGAAGCCAGUUGGAGAUGUGCCUUUUAUUUCUUUGCAUUUGCCGGCGGAGUCCUAGCUCUCUAUGAUAAACCUUGGCUUUAUAACCUGAAGGAGGUUUGGGCAGGCUUCCCUAAACAGUCCAUGCUGCCUUCUCAGUACUGGUAUUACCUCUUGGAAAUGGGCUUUUACCUUUCUCUGCUCCUGAGUCUCACAUUUGAUGUGAAACGGAAAGACUUCAAAGAGCAGGUGAUUCAUCACAUUGCCACACUGACUCUCCUGAGCUUCUCCUGGAUUUCAAACUACAUCCGUAUCGGGACCCUUGUGAUGGCAGUUCAUGACUCUGCUGACAUACUGCUGGAGGGUGCAAAGGUAUUCAACUAUGCCAAGUGGCGCCAGACUGCUGACGCCAUGUUUGUAGUUUUUACACUUCUCUUCAUGCUGACACGACUUGUCAUUUUCCCUUUCUGGCUGAUCCACUGCACAUGGGUGUACCCACUGGAGCGGUUCCCCCCCUUCUUUGGCUACUACUUCUUCAACGUCAUGUUGGUGGUUCUGGAGAUGCUGCACCUCUACUGGGCUGUUCUCAUUUCACGAAUGGUUUACAAGUUUAUCUUCACCAAGCUGGAGGGCGACGACAGGAGUGACGAAGAGGAGGAUGACAGUGACUCACAGAAGGACAGAAACCACAAAUUGAGUCACAUCAAUGGCGCUGGAGUCAGAGGCCGAGCCAGUGGUCACUGACACGUACAGAUAGACAGAGGAAGAGGAAAAUCGAUAGCAGACACAUGGACAGAUUCAGUCACAGCUGUUAAUCCUUCAUUUUUUAUUUUUUUUAAAACAGGAGUAAAUGUACUUGAGCAGAGAACAUUGUAUUUAUAGGAACCGUGAAGGAUAAUACAUGAACUCACUUGGACGCUGCAUGGUUUCUGGAAUUCACUCACUUCAAAACUUUCACAUUAUCUUGUUCUACUCAUAAUUAUAAAAAAAUGAAUAAACAAUAUUAUUUUA